AUGAUGGAGGGGCGUGCUGUCAUGAGUCCAAAGGCCUGGUGCUCUGCUUGUGGACAGACCAAUGGAUUCUGUUCUCAGAAGGAGUUUGCUCCUGGAGACGCGGAAGUAGUAACUGGAAGUUCCGGUAGCAGCGGUUCUGGCAUGAGUCUCGCGGUAGCGGGUGUGAUUGGAGCUUUUGUAGCCGAGGUGUUGUCGCUAUUAUUGGAGCCGUGCUAUAUCUUGUGA